AUGAGACAGAGGCCUCAUACUGGGUUGGCGCCUGCUGGGGCGCAGGCGGGACAAGUAACUUUCAUUCCCAUUAUGCGCCCCAACAUUUGCUCUCCCAAUGGAACCCACAGCUCGCCUUACUUGCUGGGGUGGCUGAGGGACAGGAGUUGGUAUGGAGCCAAGGCGUGUCCACACGCCGGUGGACCAUGGCUCCGUAUCUCUGGGGCCUCCUGCUGCUCCGAGAUCCCAAAUAGUUUAUCCUGUGACCGCAAGAUGACCAGUUUCCAUGGGUGGCCACGAGGACCCAAGGACGCGCUAUCGAGUCCUUCGGCCGGACGCAAAUGUGACUCCGGGCCUGAAUGUAUCUUCCCUCAGCAUGCCUCCUCAAGAACAUAUUGGGAAAAGAUGCUUCAUGAAUGCCAAGUAGUUCGGAUCGGCAUGUCUUCUGCGAAACAAAACGAUGCCUUCGACGAGGCGCCCGCUCAGUUCCUUUACCUGCAGAGGCUCUCCGGUGGACUACAGUCUUAUUUCCUUUAUACCUUUUCAAAUCGUAAAAUAAAACUGAAUUCGCAUUCGUGGCUGCGAGGUGUCCGGUCUAGCGCAGGAACGUUCGCCUUCCACUCGAGAGCAGGCAACAGUGUCGAAAUGAAACAAGUCUACGGACUAAGUUUCCUACAAGUUCUAAGCUUUCCUCCAGGUUCUUUCGAGCUGGUCGUGGGCGCCUGGGUCCUCUCCGGCCUCAGCGACCUCCAGGCGGACGAUUUCCUGCACCGCGUUCUCGAGUGGCUGGUGCCUGAGGGUCACUUCAGAGAGGCGUGCGGCUUCCAUGAAAGUCAUAGAAGUUACAACAGUCACUGUGUUGAGGACUCGCUGACGGAGAACGCUUCUGACCAACCGUGUACCGAGGCUAAAACAAAAAGAACUGUCACUAUGUCUUCUCCCGUACCUGGAGCGGCGUUCGAGGAGCGGUGCGAGUUCCUGGAGGAGGUGAUCGAGGAGGUCCUGGCUUGGCAGCCGCGCGUGCGCGGGGGUAGGAUCUUGUACAUCGGACCGGGUCAUGGCAGCGAGGUGUCCCGUCUUGCGCAGGAAGCCGGCCACGUGACGUUCGCUUUCCACUCGAGAGGAGGCAACAGUGUCGAAAUGAAAAAGUCUACGGACAAAGUUACCUACAAGUGUGAUGACGUUACUAAGCUGAGCUUUCCUCCGGGUUCUUUCGAGCUGGUCGUGGGCGCCUGGGUCCUCUCCGGCCUCAGCGACCUCCAGGCGGACGAUUUCCUGCACUGCGUUCUCGAGUGGCUGGUGCCUGAGGGUCACUUCGCCUUCAGAGAGGCGUGCGGCUUCCUUGAAGAUCCUAGGCCAAUCAGUUGUACGUUGCCGAGGUCUCCAGUACUCUACUGUCAAAUGCUGCGCUCAGUGACUACUACCUCCUCUUCGUUCACUGUCUUGAAAGCUACAAGUUUACAGUCAUACAUUACAUACGAGGGCGACGCCACCAAGAUGUGCUUUGUGGCUCAGCGCUCAGAGGUGAACAGCGGGGCCAAACACACGGUAGACAUCCGGUAUUCGAGAUCCUUUAUUCUGAGGCUGGAGUGGUUACUUGGCCACACCUGGCUUUCCACUGGAGGCGAGUCUACGACCAAGGAGUUCUGCCAGCGCCUCGGCCUCCGGCCUGGCCAGAGGGUGCUGGACGUCGGCUGCGGGUCAGGAGGGUCGCCCUUCUUCAUGUCGCGGCUCUACGGGGUCCACGUGCACGGGGUCGACAUAUCCAGCAACAUGAUAGACCUUGCAGUGCAACGGCAGACUCACCUCCAACGCUCGCUGAGGAAGAGAGUGCACUUCGAACUGGGAGACAUAAUGGACGCUGACUAUGGCGAUUGCAGCUUUGACGUCAUCUACAGUCGCAACUCCAUCUUGCAUGUCGCGAAAAAGGACAAAUUAUUCGCCAACCUCUUCCGGUGGCUGAAGCCUGGCGGAAUCCUCUUCGUCACGGAUUACUGUGCGAAAUCCACACCGCCCUCGGAGUCAUGUGCCUGCAUUCGCCACCAAGGCAUGUGCGACUUUGGUGACGAUCAACGCCUACGAGCGAGAUCUCAGCGGGGCGGGCUUCAGCGUGGAGUCACGUGACCUCGCCGACGACUUCUGCAGCAUUCAUCAGAAAGAGCUCGACGCCUUCCUGUCAACGCGUGAGGCCUUCCUUAACGAGUUUUCCCAGCAGGAAUUCGAGGAAACGGUCGCCCUGGCUACUAAUAAGAUUACCUUGGUCAAGACAGGCCACCUUACUUGGGGCUCUUUCUUCGCUCGCAAGAGAGAGUUUAUUGAAAAGUAGAUCAUCAAAGACCUAUUGAUGAAAUAUAUAGAGAUUCUCUUAGCAUUGGGGAGGUUUUAUUGCUACUUCUAGCUACGGCAAUAUAAGCUAAUAUAU